CACGAGUCGCCUCAAUUAAAUGACGAAUCACUUGACCUUGUCACAUUUCAUUUAAUUCAAAUGAAUAAUCAACAAAUUAACGAAUAAUCAGCUUUACAUUCGUCAGUUGUGUGUGCGUCUGGCUUGACGCUGUCGCUUUGAAAAAAUGAUUUUAAAAAUAUUUGUGAUAUUUUGUGGGAUUUUUGUGGUGCAGAAUGCAAUUGUUUAUGGAUUUACGAGUUGUGAAUAUAAAAUUGACAAAAGAUCAAGUUACAAAUGUGUUUUAAAUGUGAAAAAUGCUCAACAUUCAGAAGAUAUCAAUGGCAUGCAUAUCAAUGAAAAAUCAGAUGACGAUAUUGAAUCAAUUUCAGCAAAUUCGCGUUCAAAUUCGACAGAAUUUCCAUCAAAUGUUUGUGAUAAGUUUGUAAAUCUCAAGAAUAUUAAUUUAUACAACGUAAAUAUUCAAAAUGUUGAGGAAAAGUCAAUCAAUAGUUGCAAUAAUUUGAGAGUUUUAAGCUUGUCGACCAACAAAAUUCGUGAAAUUCCAGAAAAUUUCUUUUCAGAAAACCAAAAUUUAAUUGAAAUCGAUUUAAGUCAAAAUAAAUUGACAAAUUUGCCUGAAAAUUUAUUCAAAAAUCUUGAAAAUAUGGAAAAUUUGAAGCUACAAAAGAAUAAAUUGUCAAACCUACCGGCAAAUAUUUUCAAUUCCCUUACAAAUUUGAAGAUUUUGAUGCUGACCAACAAUGAGAUUAAAAAUUUGAAUUCAGCCUGGUUUCUUGAAUUGCAAAAUUUACAACAAUUAUUUCUAAGUUUUAACAAAAUUGAGGAACUUCCUGCAAAUGUCUUCACUGAGCUAACAAGCCUCAAGUCUUUGGACUUAUCAGUCAACAACUUAACAACAAUUCACUCAGACUCCUUCGGAUCUCUUCCAAAUCUUAUUGAACUGUCGCUGGAAUACAACAAUAUCAACUCAAUUGACCCAAAAGUUAUUGACGACACUGGAAUUUCAAUUAUUGACCUUGGAUUUGGUGACCGGAACUUGAAGGUCAAUCUUUGUGUGAACAAGAAUUUUAGAGAUUUGACAAAAAAUCGAGGUCAGCUGAAGAUUGAGUUGAAGAAGUGCUUUGAGAAUUAUCAAGGUAGGGAUUAAGUUCAGAUUUGAUGUAAUAAUUAUUGUAAUAUCUAUGAAUAAAAUUGAAGUGGUAAAGAUUGCAUUUUAA